AUGGCACGAUGGCCCCACCUCAGCCAGGCAGCUGUGAUGAGAGGUGUUGACCCAGCUGCCUCUGUGCUGGCUCACUGUGUCAGGUGCAAGGGGCUGACACAGCCACAGGGGCUAAGGGUCUUCUGGCAUAGUCAGAGGCCCUGGGACCGGCCAGGGGCAGGACUGGAGCCAGGGUCCUCUGGAGUUCAACCAGGCUUGGGUGAUCAGUGGGACAGGGAGUUGGUGAGAGACAGGCUCUGGGCCAGGAAAAACAGCCCAGAGCCACAGGUGUGCUGCUGGUUCUUGCUCCUCUCCUGUCUUCAUCUGUCCUGUUUGGUGACAGCACUCAGCAGGCUUGGAGCCCAGUAA